AUAAGAUGGAAAACCCUCAACCUAACCAAAUUUCAAAUUAUCCUCUUGAUGGGGAAGUACAAUACUUAUUUACAAAAACUUUGAGUCGAGACGAUAUGCUAGGUUUAAAUCUUGACAAAGAUUCAAAUGACUAUUUUCAAGGUUUACCAAAUUCAUUGUUGAACCAAGUUGCUAAAAGCGGAUUAGAAAUCGAGAUUUACACACCAAAUUGUAAGAAUUGGGUGAUGAUGAGGUAUGAACAAGCAAAUAAAAAUUUCAAAUUAGAUAAAAUCGAAUGGCUUGAUGUUGUGGUUAAAAAUGGAUUUAGGGUUGGUGACAAGAUUGAUUGUUGGUCAUUGUAUCAUGCAAAUGUAGGUCCACAAGGAAUUCUAAGCUUGCUUAUCCAGAAGGCGACUCAAGAUAGGGUUGAGAAUAUUGAUGAUGAUGCAACAAUGUCUUCCUAGUGAUCUGCUGGUGAUGAGAUUUAUUAGAUGGCUAAAUAAACAAAUAAAAGUUGCAAGAAGUAGUUUGAUGUUAGCUGAUAUAAUGCAGCGAUUUGUAAUGCAAUAUAUGUUCUUAUACUUAGAUUUGCACAUAUCUAAUAUAUUUAUUAAAUAAUUAAGGGAUUAAUUGCAUAUAUAUGUAGUAAAAUGAUUGUGCAAUUAAUAAUAAA